GUACCUACUUACGAACGUCAUCCAAGUCAAACAUUGCACAGCCUAUGCUUCGAUCAAGCACUUGGUCUUGGUAGGCGCUUACAAGCUUUCUCUCCCGAAUUCAUCCCGAACGACCACACACUGCGUACUUCAAUUCUCUCUGCGUCCGUCUAGUCUUCAAACUUGCCCUCACAAUCGGUUGAUUUCAUACUUGCUCUAGCUCCUCGUCAUUGUCGUAUUCUGUGUCGUGUGCUGCGCCUCGGUCCGAAUUCGAAACAUUUGCGAGAUCUAAACGAUGGCGAAUUGGAUUGACGUACUCUCCUUUCUAAUCAUAACGUCCCUUUUUGUGGGGACCAUCGUCGGGGUGGUUUUUACUGCCAAACGCCUUUCAGCAGCUGCUCAGAACACGAAGAAUUCUCUUCUGAACAAAGGCAUUUCUAUCUCGGAUACGGGUGUGUCCAUAAAGACGUCGAAGAGGUUUGACAGGGAAAAUUACGUGGAUGCGACGCAACGCGGUGUAAUCAAAGUUUUGGACGCAUCCAACUUCCACCCCUCCAGUUCGGAAGACUCUCAACACAACCUCAAAUCUAAAUCGAGCAGCAACUUGUUAUCGGCAGAUCACGGUGCCACCCACAGCUUUGGGAUACGGCGAUCGCACAGUGGAGCGAGUAAGUGAGGAUUUGGAUUUGUGAUAGCAGACCUCUGGUGGAGGUAUGACCCACUAUCUUGCGCACGACGUAGUAGCCUAUGGGCGCACUCGUGCUUUAAUUAUUUCUAGGAUGUUAAGUAUUAUUGAUCAGUCUGUUAUUGCACAGUGGGAAAUUGGAAUAGCUUGGAUAGUAUUACACAUGUACUUGAGCCAAAUCUCAGCCAUCUUGUUUCGCGAGGAUGUUGCUUUUGCAAAGCAUCGUUAGUCGAUCUAUAUUCUCUCGAUAAUCGUGACUGUCUGGUCAGUGAUGUAGGCGGCGAGCUUGCCCGUGAGGAACGACACCAGGUUUCGCGAUAUCCGAGAUGUGUGCACCAGG